CUGCCCUAGUUUGUUUCACAAUGGCUGCUCUUUUGCUGUUAAUGCUUUCCAUAUUUUUAAUCUCUGCUCUUCCUCAUUCUCUCAGUAGUCUCUCUCACCGUCAUCAACAACAAGAAGAAUUGCUGUUGCGAUUCAAAGCUGCCGUUUCAAAGAACGGCACUUCUCUGACUGACUGGAGUCCCCUUUACCACUUCUGCAACUGGCCUGCAAUUACCUGUGAUUCUUCUUCGCACUCUGUCCGUGUCAUCAAUUUAUCCUAUAUGAGCUUAGAUGGCACCAUUUCUCCUGUGCUGGGGAAUCUCUCCUCUCUUCGAUCCCUAGAUCUCUCCUUCAAUAACCUCACUGGUACCAUUCCACCUGAAUUCGGCCAACUCCCACAUCUUCGAUACCUAGAUCUCUCUGUCAAUCAAUUACACGGAACCAUUCCGUCUGCUCUCGCUGCUUGCCGCAGUUUGUAUCUUCUGGUACUCUCCUUUAACCAAUUGCAUGGUAGCAUUCCGCCUGAGCUGAGUCUUCUCACAAGUUUGAAGUUCCUCAUCUUGGCCUCAAACAGUCUUACAGGUACCAUUCCUCCCUCUUUCAAAAAUAUGUCCGCCUUAAAUGAAUUGGAUUUGGGCAUUAACAGUCUCUACGGCCCCAUUCCUCUUGAAUUGGGCAUGCUCACUCACCUACGUUAUAUUAAUUUUCGUACAAAUAACUUAUCAGAGACCAUUCCAAAUUCUUUAGGAAAUCUGUCUGCCCUGAUUUUUCUCCAUUUGGAAUAUAACCAUCUCCACGGCCCCAUUCCUCCCGAGUUGGGCAUGCUCAGUGACAUAAAGGAGCUUUACCUUGAGAUAAAUAACUUAUCAGGCAGCAUUCCCAGCUUUUUAACAAAUCUUUCUAAAUUGAAUGCAUUAACUUUAUCUGGCAACCAGCUAAAUGGGCAUAUUCCAUGGGAACUUGGUACCAAGCUCUCUAAUUUGGUAAAACUUGGUUUAUGGGGAAAUCAGCUUAGUGGAAACAUACCGAACUCGCUUGGAAAUUGUUCCAGUAUGGAAUUACUUAUUUUAAAUGAUAACCAACUGGGUGGAAAUGUUCCAGUGGAGCUGGGUAAGUUGAAUCUUCUCACCCAGCUUUACCUCCACACCAACCAACUUGUUAGCGACAGCAGUGGCACAUUGGCCUUUCUCACUGCUCUCACAAAUUGCUCCCACUUGCAAGAACUUGAUGUGAAAAUGAAUCAUUUUACUGGUAUAUUGUCCCCAUCCAUAGGCCAACUGUCUUCCAAUCUCAAUUACUUGGCUUUAUCAGCCAACAUGAUAAGGGGAAGCAUACCAAAACAGAUAUUCAAUCUGACAAACUUAACUUACUUAGAUUUAGGCAAUAAUUUUAUCAGCGGCAAUAUUCCAUCUGGAAUUGGAAGAUUUCGUGAGUUGGAAAGAUUGUAUUUGUAUGGGAACAAAUUAGAAGGAAGCAUUCCAAGUGAGAUAGGUCAAAUGCAGCAUCUCGGACUCUUAAACCUUAGUCGCAACCAGUUAUCUGGAAAAAUACCAGAUUCUCUUUGUAGCUGCCAGCAGUUAAGAUAUCGUUUCCUUCAGCACAACAAGUUAUCAGGGGCGAUCCCUGUUAGUUUGGAGGGAUGUCAGAAGUUGGAGCUCCUUGACUUAUCUUACAAUAAACUAGGGGGAAGAAUACCUCGUGAAGUCAUUGCCAGCCUUAAAAAUCUGCAAUUCUACCUCAAUCUCUCAUGGAACUCUCUGCAAGGAUCCUUGCCACAGGAGAUUAGUAAAAUUGUAAUGGCUCAAGCCAUAGAUAUAUCUGGAAAUCGACUGACUGGGGUCAUUCCAAAAUCUGUAGGAGACUGCACAGCAUUAGAACAUCUAAAUCUGUCCCACAACGCCUUUGUAGGUCCAAUACCAGAGUCACUUUCCAAAUUACGAAAUCUCCAAGAGAUGGAUCUUUCUUUCAAUAAUUUGUCAGGGCAGAUUCCAGAAGUAGGGUUGUUUCCUAAUAGAACUGUUGUAACAUUGUUUAUGGGGAACCCUGGCCUAUGUGGCCCAAAAAAUUAUUCAUUGCCUCCUUGCCCAAAUUUGACCCAGGAAAAUCAUUCCCUAGUCAAAAAAAUAAUCUUAUCAGUUGUUGGAACCAUUGCAUUUGUAGUAUGCUGUUUCAUUCUAGGAAUGCUACUGAGGCAUAAACUUUCAAGGCAACUAGUCCUUCCCUCGACCUUUACUUUUCGAAGGCUCGACUAUCCAAAAUUUUCUUAUCAAGAUCUUGUCACUGCAACAUCAGGAUUUGAUGAGUCAAACUUGCUUGGACUGGGUAACUUUGGAUCAGUCUACAAAGGUGUUUUGAGGGAUGGUAAGGUAGUUGCCAUCAAAGCUCUUAAUUUGCAAACUGAAGAAGCUAAUAAGAGUUUUAACAGAGAGUGCAAAUUGUUAGGGAGGAUUCGGCACCGUAAUCUCAUUAAAGUCAUAAGUGCAUUUUCCUACCCUGGUCUCAAAGGUUUAGUUCUUCAAUUUGCAACUAAUGGGAGCUUGGAAAAACAUUUGCACCCUGACAGAGAUGAUGAGGACUUUUGUAAAUUGGGAUUGAGAGAGUGUUUGAGCAUUGCUAUAGAUGUAGCCCAUGGCAUGGAAUAUUUACAUCAUGAUUGUCCUCUACAAAUUGCGCACUGUGAUUUAAAACCUAGCAAUGUGCUCCUAGAUGCCAACAUGACAGCCCUUGUGACUGAUUUUGGUAUAGCCCGUUUAAUUACUGUUACAAACUCAGAUUCACUGAGUACAACAACAUUUACACUCAAAGGAUCCAUUGGCUAUAUUGCUCCAGAGUAUGGAUUGGGUGGGAGUGUUUCUACAAAGGGAGAUGUUUAUAGUUAUGGAAUUCUGAUAUUAGAGAUGGUUACAAGGAAGAGGCCAAGUGAUGACAUGUUUGUGGGAGACAUGAACUUGCAAAAGUGGGUGAGGUUAGCUUUUCCAGACAGAUUGGUAGAUAUUGUUGAUAGUGAGCUGUUGAAAGAUGUGAAUGAAAAUAUGGAAGACAAUAGCUGUCUUCUUUCUUUUAUUCAUAUUGGUUUGCUUUACACUAGUGAAUCACCAGGAAGGCGACCUUCCAUAAGAGAUGUAGCCAAUGCUUUGGAGAGCCUCAAGGCAACUUUCAUGGGAGGUGCAGCUACUUCCAAUUUGACAUCUACCAUAUCAGAGCUCUUACACAAUGCCAAUCCCACAGAAACAUUGGCAUCUAAUAGUCAAAGUUAUACAUUUUAGAUUCUUAUAACUUCCAUUAAGAAGUUUUAGUCCUUUAUGU